AUGGCUGCGCGUAGAGCCGCGAAUUCGACCAUCGGCGCGCACCUUCGCUCCUCUUUUAUCCGCCUCUCACGCACCUUCACCGCAGCAGGCGUUGCUGACGUGUCACCACAAUGUCCGUCAACAGCGAUUCCAUUAACCGUCAAAUUCUCUCAACGCACGGUGGUCCGCAAUCAAUCCCCACCGUUAGAGUCGUCGGCGACUCCGAUCAUUGAUAAAAGCCGUUCUUGGAUCGCCUGUUUGGACACGUGGCAGCACUCGACCAUCGGGCGGAACGCGCCUUUCCAGCCAUCAGGCGCCCACCCAAUCAGGCAUGGAGCCCCUCCGACCAACCACAGUAUCGCAGCUGCUACAAACGAAUCGCACAGAUUAGGCGCGAGCAACCACAGAGGUUACGGUAGCCGGCUUAGCACAGACCGCCUGCUGGAGCUGACAGGCACGCUCACGCCCAGCGACACCAAGGGGCAGGCCCGCCCGCAGUACCUGGACAAGCUGCAGGUGGGCUUGACAAGCUGCAGGUGGGGUUUUGAUACCAAAUGUGGGCAUCUUAGUAUUGAGAGCCGCCUGCUGGAGCUGACAGGCACGCUCACGCCCAGCGACACCAAGGGGCAGGCCCGCCCGCAGUACCUGGACAAGCUGCAGGUGGGCUUGACAAGCUGCAGGUGGGGUUUUGAUACCAAAUGUGGGCAUCUUAGUAUUGAGAGCCGCCUGCUGGAGCUGACAGGCACGCUCACGCCCAGCGACACCAAGGGGCAGGCUCGCCCACAGUACCUGGACAAACUGCAGGUGGAGAGGGAGCGAGGCAUCACAGUGAAGGCACAGACUGCCACCAUGCUGUUUGACUACCAGCCACCUGUUGCUUCCAAAGACAAUUCGACAUUGACAGACUCAUCUCAGACUGGUCCUGGCCCCCCUCCCGGGCGCUACCUGCUGAACCUGAUAGACACGCCCGGGCACGUGGACUUCAGCUACGAGGUGUCUCGCUCGCUGGCCGCCACUCAGGGCGUGCUGCUGCUGGUGGACGCGCAGCAGGGCAUUCAGGCACAGACCGUGGCGAAUUUCUUCCUUGCUCUCGAGGGGGACCUGGCGAUCGUACCGGUGGUGAACAAGAUUGACAGGCCUGAUGCGGACCCUCAAGCUGUCGCCUCUCAAAUCGCCUCCACCUUCGACCUGCCUGUCUCCUCCUGCCUCUUCACCUCAGCCCGCACGGGAGCCGGCCUUCCUUCCCUGCUCUCCACCAUCGUGCGCCAGAUACCACCUCCCCCAGGCGACCCUGCCGCCCCGCUGCGCGCGCUGCUAUUGGACGCGCACUUUGACGAGUACAGGGGCGUGGUGUGCCACGUGGCAGUGGUUGACGGGGCGAUCAGGGGGGGCGAGAGGGUGGCAGUGGCGGGGAUGGGGAUGAGCUAUGACGUGGGGGAGGUGGGGGUCAUGUACCCUGAGGCCACCCCCACAGGUUGUUUGCUCACCGGCCAGGUGGGGUAUGUGAUGCUUGGCAUGCGAACAACAAGGGAAGCAAGGGUAGGUGACACGAUCCACCACCACAAGACCCAAGUCUCGCCCCUCCCGGGCUUCAGGCCAGCUCAGCACAUGGUGUUUGCAGGGGUGUUUCCGGCCGAUGGGUCGGACUUUGAGGCGCUGGCUAAAGCGGUGGAUAAGCUGGUGUGCAACGAUGCAAGCGUGGCUGUCACCCGCUACAGCAGCACUGCCCUGGGCGCUGGAUUUAGGUGCGGCUUCCUUGGUCUACUCCACAUGGACGUGUUUCACCAGCGCCUGCAGCAGGAGUUUGGUGCUGAGGUCAUCUCAACUGCUCCCUCUGUGCCGGCAAUCUUUGAAUACGCCGACGGCACGCGCAUAGAGGCCCAGGGCCCAUCCGACAUCCCAUCCAUCCCCAAGCAGCGAGUGGUUCGUUGCACAGAGCCCUUUGUUCUCGCCACCAUCGUCACUCCCUCGAAGUAUGUGGGACCUAUUAUGGAGCUCUGUGCGAGCAGGAGGGGCGAGCAGAAGGAGUACUCCUUUAUUGACGGUGACCGGGCCAUGCUGAGGUACGACAUGCCAGUGAGGGAGGUGGUGAUGGACUUCUACAGCCACCUCAAGAGCAUCUCCUCGGGCUUUGCCACUUUCGACUAUGAAGAUGCGGGCAUGAGGGAGGCGGAUCUGGUGAAGGUGGAUGUGCUGUUGAAUGGAAAGCCAGUAGAUGCGCUUGCAGCCAUCGCCCACCGAGACGCGGCGCAACGCAUGGGGAGGAAGCUCGUGGAGAGACUCAAAGGGGUGCUUGACAGGCAAAUGUUUGAGGUGGCCAUCCAGGCAGCUAUCGGCGCCAAAGUGAUUGCAAGUGAAAAGCUUUCGGCUAUGCGUAAAAAUCGCGUUAAGAAAGAUCGGAUCGGAUUGGUCAUGGGGUCAUCCUCGGUGAUGGAGGAGGUGCGGAAGGUGAUGGCGAUGGUGACGGAGGGCAACGAGCAGCUGCAGCACGCGCAGGAGCAGGCCUCCGCCGCCAUUCGCGAGACCACGGCGGCCGCGCGGCAGCAAAUGGCUGUCAUGGAAGCCGCAGCGUCGGAACAACUGCAGGAAGCCAAGGCAUCUCUUGAGGUGGCUCGUGAGGUGUACACAGAGUAUGAGGACGUUUUCUUUCACCACCUCAAGAUGGGAGUCUAUCUAGUCGCAGAGCAUCGCGUUGCCUCCUCUGCAGCGUUGCUCUCUGCCCUUGCGUUCAUCCUUCCAGGGCCACGCAAGAUGCUGUAUCGAGCAACAUUCGGCCGAUUUCAAACCCCAGAGGUGCUAGUGGAGUCAGCAGAGCGUAAGCUGGAAAGUCUGAAACAGUCAGUGGAAGUGUUCAAGAACGACACCAAGAAGCUGCAGGAACGGGCUCAAAUGGCCGAGUCAGAGUUUCGUUCAGGCCGAGACAAGCUGAAGGCUGCAGGGGCUGAGAUGCAACGGCUGGCAGGGUCAGUACGGGCAGCCGAGAAAAAGUCUCUGGGGCUUCGUGAGCUGCUAAAAGACCUGCCUGCGAGAGACAGCGUUCGGCUCCGAUCAGAGCUGGCCAUGGCAACCCGAGAGGCUCAGCGUCAGCUGCAUGCCAUCAACAAAACCACCGUUCAUGUGGCUCGUCUCGGCAUCCCCAUCUAG